AUGUCUCGAUUCUCAGGGGGCUUGGGAGGAGCUUCGGGUGCUCGGAAUUGUGGGGAUCGUUUAGUAGUGUGCACCGAACCGAUAAUUUACUACUACAUCUAUCACGCCAUACCACCAUCCAAAGAUCCCUUUUGGACAGCCUGCCAAUCCUGCUGCUACGUGCACCAAUACUCUAGGGAGUACCUAAACCAGACCAUCCGCUGCCCUAAUUGCCGCCAAGGGUUCCGAGCCACCAAGCUCGCAGCUUCUCCCCCGGUCGUUCCAGGCACCGACAUGUACUACUGCUCAUGGGGCUUCUUUCCUCUUGGAUUUCCUGGUGCUCCGGAUAUCUUCGCCAAAGGAGAUCUCAAUGCAGAGUGGAAACCGUUCUUUCCAAUGUCCUCCUGUUCACGAAUGAGCGAACCACUGAGAACUUCCAAUCAUCAGCAGCAAGAUAUGGCACGCUCAUCGUCGAAUCCACAUGGCAAGCCACAGAAUAACGGGAACAAUGAGAACCUGGUGGAGCCAGAGUCGAUGCGGUCUGGUAUGAGGAGUAAGAAGAUGGCGGUGAAAAAAGUCGGACGUCCAAGGAAGUAUCAUUUGGCUAGUGGGAACCAUGGGAAAAGUAGUGCAAGUGUUGAAUUGCCUAAAGUUCCUGAGCCAUGGCCAGUCAGUGAGGCAAUGCCUAUAAACGUUGGAGGAGUCCAAGGUAGAGAUAUAAAUAUCAAUCAAGAAAUUAAGACUGGUUCUGAGGAUGGAGUCCAUGCAGUUGAUGAUUAUACUAUUAACUUUCAUAUAGAUGUUAAUGCUACUGAUGAAAUUCUAGACAACCUUCAGAAUCUUCCCUUCCUGAGGGAUGAAGAGCUGCAUCUGCGUAUGCCUUAGUGUACUAGUUUUUCAGUUCAAGGUGACAAAUGAUCACUUGUAAUGCCGCUGUAUUUUGAUUGGCCAGCAUUGUUGUAUUGGAAUCCUGACCACCAUUGUUUUAGUUAUCUUUAUCAGUUCGUAAUCCUUGUAACUUUAUAAGGACUGCUUAAUGGGGAUUUGACUUCCUGAACUCUGAUUGCAUGGAAAGUGUUUUGUAACUUCUGCUAUUUGUGAAGGAAGAUUUCUGCGAAA